UCUUCCUUCCAGUCUUGUGUGCUUCAAUUACUCAAGAGAAAGGAAGGAACCUACAUUCGCAGGUCCUGUAAAUUUCUGACGCAAUCUCACGUGUAAAUUUCUGCAGCUCUGUUUGGUUCUUUCCCCCCUUUUCUGCCUCCACUACUGUGACGAAAGAAAACCCCACCUUUUCCUUCCCUGUCUUAUUGCCCGAAAGGUGUUCGAUCUUUUGCCUCUAAGAAGUGAGAACCAAAAUUAAACCUCUCUCUCUCUCAGUCUCCCCUCCCUAUGGCGCUGGAAGCGGCGAUCUACUCGCAAGACCCCUUUGGUUACCCACCAUUAUUCAAGGAUUACUACGGUUGUAAUGGCUUCCACCAACAACAAGAAGAUGAUCAGGGUGCCAUCAACAGAUCGCCGCCCCACCUUAUCCUCGACGACAAAAUAAUGUUCAACGAUUCCACCACCACUACUUCUCCACCAGCGCCUACGCAGCAGCCGAUUCAUGGAAUUACGAGCAGCUGCUGCUGGGAGGAUUGUUUUUUCAACUACAAUAAUCACCACCACCACCACCACUCCCCCGAGCCCUGCACUAACGCCUUCGACGACGACGUCGCAUUUUUCAACCCGCCACCGCAGGAGGAAGCUAUGGCGACGGCGUCCGCAUCCGUUGCCCCCGCACGGCGGAAGCGGCGGCGGACCAAGAACGCGAGGAACAAAGAGGAGGUAGAGAGCCAGAGGAUGACCCACAUCGCCGUUGAGCGCAACCGCAGGAAACAGAUGAAUGAGUACCUCGCCUUGCUUCGCUCUCUCAUGCCCUCUUCCUACAUUCAAAGGGGAGACCAAGCUUCGAUAAUUGGAGGAGCAGUUAAUUUCGUCAAGGAGCUGGAGCAGCUGCUGCAGGCUAUGGAAGCUCAGAAAGCGGCUAAUCAAUAUCAUCAACAACAACACGACGAUGAGGGUCAUGAAAAAUUGGCUAAUAACGGCGGCCUUUCGUCGUUAUUUUCCGACUUCUUCGCCUUCCCGCAAUACUCAUCAGCUGGAAAGGUUAUUCAUUCGCCGGAGGAGUCGGCCGGCCAUAGGAUGACGGACAGUUUGGGUGGUGUACCCAGAGAGGCGGCGGUUGGAGAGAUAGAAGUGACGAUGGUGGAUUGUCACGCUAACGUGAAGAUUCUGGUCAGGAAACAACAUAGACAGCUGGUGAAGCUGGUCGCUGGGUUGCAAGGCCUCGGGUUCACCAUUCUUCAUCUUAAUGUUACCGCCACCAGCAGUACCUCCGAUCAAAUGGUUCUCUACUCGCUUAGCUUCAAGGUGGAGGAAGGGUGCCGUCUGAUCACGGCGGAUGAGAUCGCAGCGGGCGUCAACCAAAUGCUACGGCGGAUUGAAGAAGGAAGUUGCUAUCAAGACUGCUAGCUAGCUGCUUAUUUAGACUAAUUAAUUAAGCAGCUGUGAGCCUGCACUCAUAAUUAUCGAUCUUGAUUUUGGCCGUGGUGAAUUACUGAAUUUACUUGGUGUACGUUGUUUUCUUACUUGUUAAUUAGCAAUAGUUAUACCUCUAUUAUUAUUAUUACGUUGGACAUUGUUGGGAAUCUGUCAACAAAGUUAAUAGUACAAGGUUUUAGGUUUGUCUAUGUUAGCUCGAAAAUUCACGCCAUAUCGUCGGGGCUUUUCAACAAUAAAAACAAGCUAAAUUU